AUUAGCUCAAUGGGUAAGUACCGAAUUUCAUGGUCACUCUCAUAUUGUUAUUGAAGUUUGUAAUGGGCAGAUAUUUAGUCGUGUUUACUAAAAUGGGAAAUAAAUAAAACGAAAAAAUGACUGUUGAAGAGAAGAUAGAUGACCCCAAAUGGAAGAUACGAGAACAGUGCGCCAAAUGUGUUCGGGGUCCCAACUUGAUAAAAACAGUAGUCGUGGUAGUUUGCAUCGGAGUGGUUCUGCAGCAGAUAACAUCCUGCAUACACAAACUGAUAGACAUCCCCAUCACGACGUACACGCACUUCGAUUUCAACAAGACGCUCACGUACCCUAGCGUCACCUUCUGUAGGGAGCCUCCUUACAAGUUCGAUAAAAUGCAGAAAUACGGGCUAUAUGCUCACCCGCGCUAUACAUCAACCUGGAGAAACUUUGACUUCGAGAAUAUUGACCUGGACGAAAUGUGGGACAACAUCACCUUCAACGAGAAAGACAUGUUUGUGCAGUACGGACUCAAUGGAUACAGGGACAACGUAGAACUGAAGCCCACCAUGGGUUUCUCCCAAGGCCGCUGCUACACCAUGAACCCUAAGAUCCUGAGCACACAGGCUACAAAGGCGCUGGGUUACUCCGUGACUCUUCAGCAUACAGCCCAGGAUAUUACCACGACUACCAGCAUCCAACCACCAGGGUACCACGUGUACAUUCAUUACAUGAGGGAACCGUUUACUGAAGUGACAGUAUACAACGGCGGCAUGGUGGAUUCAUUGUACGUGAAUGUGGGAGAGACCCUGAGCGUCAAGCUGAAGGUGGACCAGUACAAAAUGAUAAGCAGUGCUGAUGACCCUUGCUUCACCAUGAGUAACUACAGUGCCAAUGAGUGCACCACAAAGUUCGUAUGGGAUCAGGUGAUCAAAGACGUCGGAUGCUCUGGACCCUGGAUGAAGAGCUUUGUGCCUCGGUGUAACAACUUCACACAGAUGACGAGGCUUAUUUCCGGGUAUUUAAACACAUAUGAGUCCCACAACUGUUCGUCCUGCCCUCGCAUCUGUAACUCUUUCCUUUACAACGGCUUCGUGACGGACAGACAGAAGUUCUACUUCUGGGACAGUGCCUCCAAAACCUGGUCUGUGAAUGAUGGUGCUCCGGAACUGCAGACAAAUCUGUUCAUCUACUUCAACAGCAUGAUGGUGUCGGUGUACGAGGAGCGAUACAACUACGACUGGAACCUCUUCGUGUCUGACCUCGGCGGUAGUAUCGGUUUCCUUCUAGGCCUAUCCGUGAUAGGUCUGAUGCAGAUCUUCGGCAAGGCUUGGCGGAACUUCAUCCAGCCCUUCAUCAGCUGCAAGAAGAAAGGUUCCCUGGACAGCAUCAGCUCCAAUACCACGGCAGAUGUUAAGACUAUACGACAGGAGUAUAUUGAGAAGUGGAACGAGAAGAACUUGGCUAUCCAGAAGAUUUAAGUUUAGUUGUUGUAUGAAUUAUAUUAUGAUUAUAUUACGCAUUGA